AACUUCUUUCAAAUAGUUAGCAACCUUCUGGAUGAAGAAAACAAAGAAAAAUGGGAAGAUGCACAGCAGAUCUACCACGGCUCCAUAGAACUAAUGCAGGUGAUUGAAGAUUUUAUACACAUUGUUGGAAUGGGGAUGAUGGACUUUCAGAAUUCGUACUUAAUGACUGGAAAUGUAGUGGCCAGCAUUCAGAAGCUUCCUGCAGCAUCUGUUCUAACAGACAUCAAUUUCCCCAUGAGAGGAAGGAAAGGAAUGGUUGACUGGGCCCGAAACUCAGAAGACAGGGUUGUGAUUCCCAAAAGUAUCUUCACCCCUAUGUCAACAGAACUAGAUGAAUCCACCGUGUUUGUACUUGGAGCAGUAUUGUACAAAAAUUUAGAGCUUAUUUUGCCUACCUUAAGAAAUUAUACAGUUAUUAACUCCAAAAUCAUUGUGGUCACCAUACGACCUGAACCCAGAACAUCAGAUUCCUUUCUAGAGAUAGAAUUAGCUCACCUGGCAAACUUUGCUCAGCCAAUUUCUACAGGCCAGCAACUUCAACUGGCAUUGGAAUAA